GAAAUUUAUUUUAAAGUUUUAAUAUUUGGUAAAUAACACAAUGGCAACUUUUACAAUGGCUUUACCACAAAAAAAAUUUUAUCGUCAACGUGCUCACUCUAAUCCUAUAGCAGAUCAUUGCAUUGAAUAUCCUAUCAAGCCUGAUAUUAUGGAUUGGACGGUACUAUAUUCAAAUAUUAUUCCAAUAUUUGAUACAAACAGGAGUAUUAAGAUAUUGAAUAAAUUUGUCGAAUUUGUAGAUAUUGGUUGCGGGUAUGGUGGAUUACUUGUUACACUUUCACUAAUGUUUCCUAAUAAUUUAAUUGUGGGAAUGGAAAUUAGAGUCAAGGUUUCAGAUUAUGUGAUUGAUAGAAUAGCAGCAUUACGUUCUCAAUUCCCAGAUCAAUAUCAAAAUAUUGCUUGUAUUAGAACUAAUACUAUGAAAUAUUUGCCAAAUUACUUUUAUAAAGGCCAAUUAAAAAAAAUGUUUUUCUUAUAUCCUGAUCCACAUUUCAAAAAAGCAAAACAUAAAUGGCGUAUUAUCAAUAAAUCUCUUUUAGCUGAAUAUGCAUAUGUUUUAGCAGAAAAUGCUAUUGUAUAUACAAUGACCGAUGUCAAAGAUUUACAUGAAUGGAUGGUACAACAUUUAACAGUACAUCCAUUAUUUUUACGUAUUCCAAUAGAGCAAUUGACUUCAGAUCCAAUUAUUGAAAAAUUAUAUGAAAGUACUGAAGAAGGACAAAAAGUAACCAGAAAUAAUGGUGAUAAAUUUUUAGCAGUUUUUCGACGAAUUUCUGAUCCUUAUUUAAAUAGUAAAGAAGAAUUUUUAAUAACAUAAAAAUUAAUGAUAUUAUCUAUUACUAUUGCAUUGUAAGAGUGUAAAAAAUAAAUUUUUGUAAAUCUAAAAUCGAAAUAAUUUUGAACUAAUAAAUAUUGAUUAA